GGUAUCAUUAAGAGGAAGAGGGCGUGGCUCUACUCCGGCCACCUCUAGGAAGUGCCUCGUGCGCGUUUGUUUCCAAGGGGGCCAGGUGGGUGCCUUGGUUUCCCCGCUUCGCAGCUUUUCGUUGGUGCGCCUUUGGGAUGAGGAAGGAGAAGUUGGGCUUUACGGGUAGUUUCUUCUCGGACUUCGAAGAGGGUGGCUCGAACGGCGAAAGCGAUGCCCGAUUAGGCUUCCCUCGUAAAUUUACCGAUUGGACUCGGGCUAGAAGGGAAGAAGCACGUGUUUUCAGAUGCAUAGAUUGAAUAAUGGAAGAAUGGAUUCACCAAAGAUGGUUAAAAUAUAAAACAUUUGAUCUAGAAUACCCUGUGAGUUUCAAGAAAUCAUGCUGAGAAUCUAGGAUACUUCCCAAAAAUGACAAUCUUCAUAUUCAGUUACCUCAAAAAGUCAUCUACUGAAGCUUUAACUACUGUACCUAUGAAGUUAAAACACUGGAAUGUCCUGAAGAACUAAAUAAGAAUUAAAUUCUUUAUGAAGAAAAUGAAUCUUUCUCGAGCUGAAAAUCCUUGCUUUCUGCUUCUCUUGGUAACCUUUCAAGUUAUAUUCGUCUUGAUACUUUACCGAGGCAGCAGUUCAGUUUUAUUUCAGGGUUAUUUAAAAGUGCGCAAGUCAUUGGACUAUUCAAAAUCAGAGGAUGUCUAUAUAAAUCUUAGUUUGUUUACUCCUGCUCCUGAUAAGGCCACAAUGCAGACUUGUAAACCACAGUCAGACAUAAUUGUUGGACUCUUAACCAUCACAUUUGAUACACUACACAGUGAAAGAACAAUUAUCCGCAAAAAUCCAUAUGUCCGAUCAGGUGGUUGCUAUAGCCCACCUCAUUGUCUAGCCCGGUACAAAACUGCUAUCAUUGUACCAUAUAGGAAUUGUGAAAAGCAGUUGCACCACUUUCUCUAUUACCUUCAUCCCUUUCUGCAGCGUCAGCAGCUUAGCUACUGUAUCUACUUGAUUCAUCAGGCUGGAAGUGGUCCAUUUAACAGAGCAAAGCUCCUUAAUGUUGGCGUCCAUGAGGCCCUGAAAGAUAAUGAUUGGGACUGUCUGCUUCUACAUAAUAUGGAUCUUGUUCCAGAAAAUGAUUAUAAUCUUUAUGUCUGUGAUGAAUAUUAUCCCAAACAUUUGUCCACUGCUAUUGACAAGUUAUAUUACCGCCUGCCAUAUUCAUCCUUUUUUGGUGGUGUUACUGCUUUGACCCCAGACCACUAUAUGAAGAUAAAUGGAUUUCCAAACACAUACUGGGAGCGUCUUGGUGAAGAUGAUGACAUUGCAGAAAGGUACUAUUUAUUGAAAAGUUACAAUAUACAAGCAAGCAUUAAAAGCCUUCAAACAUUGUUUGAAGAAAAAUGAAGCUAAAGCCAGUUA